CUGUCAGCGCCCGCGCACGUCGCUCAGCGCCGCAACUCCGCGCCUUACUGUCAACGUGCCGUUAUAGUGUUUCAUAAUAGUUCUGUGAUUGUUGAUUUUUUAAUUGCAACGCAAUUUUGGACCCGAACAUCAGACGACGAAAGAGAUAACGAACGUCUUUAUGCAGCCAUAAAAGAUUACUGUAUCUAUGGAAGACAACAUAGCUAUAACGAGAAACGAGACAAAGAUGUGACGAAGUUUUCCCGCCAGAACGAAACCCGCCAUCUUGUGUUAGAAAAUAAAUUUUAUUCAAAAAUGGCGCUAUUUUGGUGCGCACUGGUUUGCGCGUUCGCCGCUGCGCAGGCGCAGUCCAACUAUGGAUCACAAGCGAACGACAUCGCGUACCAGGGUGAGGGCUUGCCGGAGCAGACCGUGCUUGAUGGAAAGGUCACAAAACUCGACGACCUAAGUCCUGUGAUAUUUUUAAAUCGAACGAGAGCGGCGCUCAACUGUGCUGCAGGUUCUAUGCAGAUCGAAUUAAAAUUCAACGAGAAAUUCUAUGGGAUCGCGUACGCUGAUUUCGACCGAAACUCCGCCUGCCAAGUGGCAGGCAAGGGCGCUACUUCGUACAAACUGGAGUUGCCUCUCAAGGGAUGUGGCACCAAACAGGACCCCCUCCGAGUGUUCACCAACAACAUAGUGGUGAGAUUCCACCCCGGGCUGGAGAUGGAUGGCGAUGAGGUGAUCACCAUCGUCUGCAGAUACCCACCUCCCAUAGUGGCUAUCAACGAACCUUUGCUUGCUACGAACGAUGUACCAGGUCCACUCCCAGCGAAAGCUCCUCUCGCAGGAACCCACAUACUCAUGAUCAUCUGCGCAAUUCUCUUCUUGACUCUUCUUCUCUUGGGUCUUGGAGUCUCCUACUUAUGCUUGAGAAGAAGAGCUCUGCCAGCUCCGAGACGGUUGAUUGAUGAUUCUUCUGCGUCUAUUAUUAGUAGAGAGAGUAUUCAGGAGGUGAAGAUCCCUCGCGCACACCCAGUAUACCCAGCAGCGGAAAGCGCAAGUGUGGCCUCAGAUACGAUCCCAUCAGACUAUCCUUCAGAGACGCCAAGUGAAGCGGAACAUGCGCAUGCUAAUGCUGGCUUUAUGAUCGAUGAGUAUCAGAGUGAAGGCUACCACGAGUCUCAGUCCCGCUCGCGUGCAGGCGCGGCGCCGGCGUUCGACGUGCGCGUCCGCGUGCAGCGCCCGCCCGCACCGCCCUCACCGCAGUCCACUAUCACUACUACGGAGGUCGAUGGUGGGAGUAUGAGACAGACGCUAAUAGAAGAGCACGAGCGCCAAGAAUCUGUACGCACAGUAUCCCCUGGCGCAUUGCCGCUCCCAGCUCGUGCAGCGCACGCGCAGCCACCGGAGCGCCCGCCGCGACCGCCGCUGUAUACUGAGGUGCAGCGGGAGAGACAGGAGUGGUCCCGUCGUCCGAGGUCCAUAGUGUCACUGAACACUGAGAUGACAGACACGCACUCUGUCACGGAAGUGACGGACGGGUCACAUGCCAGAAUGUUCCAUAUUAAGAAGCCACCUCCACCACCUCCCGUUAUGAGGGAGCGCUUGGAGACAGAAGAACAAGAGAUGCUGAUGGAGAGCCUCGAACCCAUGCCAGAAACGCCUAUCAUGCCUGCCAGGAAACCAGAGAUAACAUCGCACGUGGUAGACGACGUGUUCCUCCGAACCAUAACCGAGAAGAAGACCAUAGAGGACAUAGAGCGGCACAAGCGCCUGGUGACGGAGUACCAGCAAGUGCCGCCUCCAGCGCCGCACUUCGAUGUGACGAUCCGGAACCACACGCUCCCGGACUCGCAUUGGGAGAACUUCUCGGAUAUAAGCUCCGCGUCCGGGAUGACGCUGACGCCGAAAAUGGAGAGGGUACCUAUGUCGCUGCCGCCUCAGAAGUUUAUUGGUAAAGGCGGUCCAGAUCUCUUCUCCCCCGAGCUAAUCAAGCAAACAGCCACAACCUACCAGCCCUCGUCACCCGAUCUUCCACUGCUACCAGAACUGCCUCCAGCGAGGAACCCACUGUUCAGGGAGGAAGAUGAUGAUGAUGUACCGGAACCCACUCCAGCACCACCCGUACCUCCCAAUUGGAGUGUGCUGACCAGGGUUUUGAAGACCGAGGCGCAGGAUGAGGUGCUAUCCGAAACCGAGCGUUCCUACCGCCUCACCCGUUCCGAGCGUCUCCGCUGGCGCGAGCUCAUAACCCACGAGAGCACGCUCCGCCGCGAGCUCGCACGUUCGUCCACGCGCGAGGACUUCACGCGACUGGCGCGCGACCAGCGGUUCGCGCCCUUAUAUACCCCGCCCAAGUGGGAGGUCAUUAUACGGAUACUAGCGCCGCCGCCGGAUAAACCGAAGAACCGUUACCGCAAGAAGAGCGAAUGGGACUCCCGUUCCCGGCGCAGUUCGCUCCCCACUCUGUACGAGUACGACAGUGACGCGACCUCACUGAGGGAACCGCGCUCACGCAGGUCGUCUUAUAGAAGCGAUCAUGUGGAUAUGAGAUCGAUGUCAGAGAUGAUGGUGGACUACGCCCGCGAGCGCGCGGACACACACUCGGAGGUGUCGGGCACGUUGUUGGGACGGUACUAUGACGACGAUAGCGAUUCGGAACACCAGUAUGGGCAGAACCCUUCGUGGCGCAAUUCCCUCCACCGCUCCGUGAGCCAACCGUCUCUUGCGCGCUCCGCGACCGAAGUGACGGAACAGUGGACGGUGCCCGACGGUGACGUCACACCCACGCCAGGACGGAGGAUGAGAGGACCACAAGGCUUGACGACUUUCACAUCGUCUGAAGUUCGGACAUUCCAAGCGACGAGAGAAUGGCGGGAAUAAACGCAGCUGUCAAAAUAAUUUCCGAACGAAUACUCUUGUACCUACAGGAAAUAUUUCAAAAGCAACCAUAGAUGAAUACGCGUGAAAAAAAAUCUCGAGAUUUAAUAUUGUCUAUGGUUUGUUAUAUUUCAACAGUGAAAGCUGAAUGAAAAGCUCAUUUCUUUGUGAUACUUGAUCACUGCCUUUAUGUGACAAUAAAAUCUAUGUUGAAUUUGUGAUUAAUCGACGUACUUAUUUUUUACUUGAAAUGUACCUUUUUAUAAGGAAAUUCCGUCCAAUUCUUAUUUUUUAGAAUAAAAUCUAUUUACUCUUUAUAUGCUUUUCUAUUAACAAUUUCUAUGACAAUGGAAUCUCGCAUAUUGUUAAGUUUUAAAUAACAAAUGAUUAUAAAUAAUAAUUAAUACGUAACUAAUACUAUUCUCAUAAUUCUUCCAUAUUUAACUAACAUUGUGCCAAUUUUUAUUGAAAUAAUAACAGAUAAUUAUACUAUACAAUGUACAAGCUAUAAUUAAAAUAAACCAGAAUUUUCUAAUGUAAAACAAUAUUUACUUCCUGUUACCAAUACUAUGGUCUAUGACUAAGAACAAAUACUGUAAAAUAAGUUGCCAAUAUAGAAAUAAAAAAAAGUAAAGAAAAAAUAAAUUGGCGCCAAAAUUGUUUUUUUUUUUUUUAUCAGAACUGUCAGUAGAUGUAUAUUUUUAAUUUAAGUCUGACAAACCUGCCAGUGCCUAUUGCUUCUAAUUUCGUGCUUAACUUAGCUGUAAAUAAAAUAAACGGAUUGUCUAUACCUAGCGAAUGAGGCAAAAGUACUUUUUUAAGCGCGUUUUCUUAUUUUGCCUCCUUUGCUAUGUGAGUUUGGAUUUAGGAAAGGGUUAAAGUCACGGUUUUGUAGAUGUUUAUAUAACGUGGAUAUUUUUACGUUUAUUUUUGAAAAUAUUGCAGAAUUUAAAAUUGUAAGCACCAAGCCAUAGCAUUAAUAAUGCAAACGAUUGUAAAACAAAGGUUUCAUUUUGUAAAAAUGGGGCCUUGUUUUGGGGUGCUAAGGAUAGAUAAAAUAUAUUGAUUAAAAUAGAAUUAAACACAAAUGUAUUUACCUACCAAUUAAUUAGAUUACUUGAUGAAUUUAAUAAAUGUACUUACAUUCCAA